GCACUCUCUGCUCCUAUUAGUCAACACAGAAAGCCCUGCCCACUUAACCGCUGGUUUCUCACCUCCUACUGGUUGUCGGACCGCCCACCCAGAGCGAGAACAAAACAAUCGGCAUCCCACAUACAGUGCAACUUAAACAAGAGGACACGAGCCAGAUUUGAUAUUAAAGCCCUUUGUCACCGGCGCGGACACCACCGAGGGAGAAAUGGUUUCUCCGGUAACAGUAGUCAAGAGUGAAGGCCCCAAGCUGGUGCCGUUCUUUAAGGCAACCUGUGUCUACUUUGUGCUGUGGCUGCCCACCUCAAGCCCGUCCUGGUUCAGCGCACUUAUCAAAUGUCUACCCAUCUUCUGCCUCUGGGUGUUUUUACUGGCACAUGGGUUCAGCUUCCUCGGCGCUCACUCCAAUGCCCGCAAGAUCUUGGCCGGCCUCAUCUUUUCUGCUCUGGGAGAUGCCUUUCUCAUCUGGCAGGAGCAGGGCUACUUCGUCCACGGCCUUCUGAUGUUUGCCAUCACCCACAUCCUCUACUCAUCUGCCUUCGGGAUGAAGCCUGUUAACGUGUCUGCUGGCCUGGUGAUCACUGCGGUGUCGUCUGUGAGCUACAUGCUGCUAUACCCCUACCUGUCUGGCCCCUUCACCUACCUGGUGGCCGUCUACAUCGCUCUGAUCGGCUUCAUGGGCUGGAGGGCCAUCGCGGGCCUGCAGCUGACCAACGACCUGUGGACCUGGACCAAACUGUGCUCCUGCCUGGGUGCCGUGCUCUUUAUGGUCUCCGACCUGACCAUCGCCGUCAACAAGUUCUGCUUCCCCGUGCCCCAUUCGCGUGCCAUCAUCAUGGCCACCUACUAUGCCGCCCAGAUGCUGAUAGCGCUGUCGGCCGUUGAGUGCCAGGACGCGGAGGUGGCCAGGAAGAGAACAUGAGGUGCCGCAAUGUCCGCAGUGAACGGCCGCGAGGGUGGGAAGGUUGCAGAGACCUUACCCCCCCUUCCGGCCCUGAGUGAUCAUGGACACAUCUCACUGCCAUAUCCCCAGCCCUCAAUCCUCAUCUCAGUGUGACGCUAACACACCGUUGUUAGCAUGACAACUGGUUCACGACAGUCUUCAAAUGGCUAUCACCCUACUACCCCACUAGUAAGGUAGUCUCACACUCGUCUUCUUACCACGAAGAUAUGGCAGUAUUAUCUUCAGCCUCUCUUACAACAGUUACCUGCCUCCUCCGAUCCUAGAAUGGCUGUCUCUCAACCUAGUUACCAUGGAGACAAGCAUAGUAAUUUUAACCUGCUAUAUAUAGAGAGUAUUACUUUACGUUUAACUGUUAUGUUUUAAUUUAAAGGGGAGCAUGUCACUGGGGACCUUCGAGGAGUGUGUGGGAGAGCAAUUGUGUGUGUGUGUGUAUGUGUGUGUGUGUGUGUGUGUGUGUUGUCCUUGACUUGGCUGUUGAGUAACGAGUGUGUACCUGUGACAAGUCAGAACCAACUCAACCUCUGUAUGUUUUAUAGCAAUUUUAGCAAUUUACCCUGCAGAGAUCUGAGGAGCAGUCAACAGUAGUCCUCAUUAAUUCGCCGGAUUAAAAACGCCAACACUAAAAGACAGAGUAAAGAAACAGAAAAUGCGUGCAUCCGGCGGAGUUUUCUGCGGCACAAGUGCAAUCCCGGAAGUAGAAAGCAAAGGAUAUAGACUAAUUUUAGCAUAAUAGUAAGUCCGCUAGUGGACAAGCCUCCUCUUGACUAUACCCCACUGGCAUCAUGAUUAAUACCCCUAGCAGCUUGUAUCCUGGAAACAAACAGCAAAGGGACAGCUCCACAUUCUCCUUAAUAUGAUUAUAAUGUGCUGUAUAUCAAACAAACGGGCAUAGGGAAAGAAAACAGACUUAUGGAGCUUAUUGGGAACACACCCACAUACACACAAGAAAACAUACGCAUAUCAAAACUUGUUUAUGCAUCACAUCAGCCAUCAUGACAGAUCUGAACGCAGACCAUAGUGUUGACACAGGUUUCUUAAACAGCAACAGUAGCACACAGUCCCAGUUUGACCAGGAAUGAAAGUCAGCACAAGCGUCUGUUCCUGACGCCGGUUUGCCGGUUGGUUCCUCUCUCCCAUUUUGCCCCGUCAGCACCAUAUAUCUGCUUUGUCAGUCAGAAGUGUUUCAGUCUGUCCGUGUGUUAACUUGCCUUCCAUUUCGUGUUUUAAUUACUCCUCCCAGUAUUGCUGCAACGUCCUACUCGGCAGCCCUCUUCUCAUUCAACUCAGCAGCAGAACUUGUCCUGUCAACAAGCCUUUGUGCGGAAAGACAUCCGGAGAGGCCAGAGAGACAUGCAUGUGUCUACGUUAUGCUGUCUUUAAUCAGGGUUUAGUGGAGUAGAGAUGCUGGUUAGCAUGAUUGACUAUCUAGUGUGCAGUGUGAAGUAAGACCACCAGGGAUUGAGGAAAUUGAUUCAAGCUGUCUUACUCAUCCUUACUAUGUGGGCAAUUCAUGUAAACACUGCUUUCUUUCUUUGUAUACCACAUUGUGUUCCUACUGGCAACAUGCCAGAAGAGGUACUUUGAAGUAUUUGUUAGAUUAAUCCACACUUUGGAUAACCUCCGUGACUUUGGAAAGUGAAGUUGCUUUUCUGAGAGUGAUAAAUGAGUGGCAGCCUGUUAAGCUAGAACUCAACUACCACCACUAUUGUGUGAGUAAGUUGCCAGUUAUUAUGCCUAUCUGGAUGAUUUAGUUUGAAAUACUCACUCUGUAUCUCCUCCAUUGUUUCUAUUUUUACUUGCCUUGAGUGCAGAUAACCAAAGCUGAAAGAAUAAUAGAGUAGUUUAAUUGAGUGGAACUGUCUCUCAUGUAACAACCAACCUUUUGUUUUGCAGUAGGCAGAGGUUACAUUGGUGCAGGAGAGCAUGUGGCUCUCCACCUAGGAAUACUGUAGCUGUGAGGCGAGGAGGUGAAAUAUGACACACAGGAGAAGACUCCUUUUCCAUCCGGUGCAUUAGCUAGCUGCCAUCCUGUCUCCACAGAUGGCAGGCCAGCAGGCGCAUCGCUUCACCUCAGCCUGUCAACAGCCCUGUUGUUCUGGGCUUUGUGCGUGCAGACAAAAGGGACCUGAGAGAGCUGUGGGGGGCCAGUAUGGUUAGGCGUGCGCUGUGAGUAAUCACCCAGAACCAGUAGCUAUUGUAGUAGUAGAGAGGGCCCGCACUUUCAUUUGGUCAUCUGACUAAGCACUUUUCCUUGAUUGAAAGUUUUCUCUCUCUUUGUUUUUGCUGAUGAUCUUGUGAUAUUUGAUAUGAAACCUGUUGCUGUUAUCGUGCCGUGCCCAUUGUCAAUAGCAAGGUUACAUUCAAAACAUAGCUGUAAGGUUUGUGUAUCUUUCCUCACACAUGACAAGCAGGUGGAGAUGAAUCCUCCAUGUCAACGCACAGUUUUUGAACUACGACUGACUGUCCCCCAACAUCAGUAGCUACAGUGUAAAAAAAACCCCAAAAAGGAUUGUUGUGUACUGUAUCCUUUAUAGUAUAUGCUCCUAUAUGUAUAUGCUUUCCUUCAACUCUUUGCAUUGCUAUUUUUAUUGAUACAACAGAAGCUACUGUUUUGAUGUUGACGCACAAGAAAGAGAGAAGAGAGAAAAUCAGCAUUUUUCUUUAAAAGGCAUUAUUUGCUCUCGAAGUGUUACAAACUUUUUUAUGUAUACAUCUUUAAAGUGUUAUCUGUUUUAUUUGCAGAAAAGCAGCCCCCAAAUGUUGUGUUUGCCUGUCACUGUGGAAAGAGCUGGAUUUGUUUUCCACAAGUAACGGUAGAUUUUUUUAAUUUUAUUUUUUGACGGACCAUUAGAAUGCAUUUGACUUAAUUUAAUGUACACAUUUUUUCUCUUUUUUUUAUUAUUGUAUGAUAUACUUUACCUUGUCGUCCUUGAUUUUCACUUUGCGAUUUCUUUCUUUUAUGACGGUAGAGAUGAAAUAGUUUCUUUGCUGUAGUGAAACUGCUAUGAAUGUGAAUAUCUAUUGGAAAAAUAAAUGCAAAUGCAAUGCAACUUCGAUAUUU